UUAGCAAAAAUAGAAACAUUUGCGAUAAUAAAUGGAGUCAAACCAGCAAAGCAACGGAGGUUUCCUCGGCUCUCAAGAGAAGGAGGAUACCAAGUCUAUUACAAAGAGCCUGCUGUGUAUUAUCCUUGACUUAAACUUCGAUGUUUGGAUGAAAAAGGCAGAGGAGAUAUCUGCACACAAUAGCAAAAAUGGCUCUACUUCAGAAGUCCCAGCUGAUGUUAAUAAGUCUGAGCUCUAUUUUGACUGUAUCAAGAAGAUGUGCUUCUUCAUCAACGCUCAUUUGUUGCAGUCAUCUAACAAUGAAGUAGCAGUGUAUGGCUCCUUCCCACAUGAAGCUCUCUUUCUAGGGCCUAAGAAUGAUGAAGCUAUAGGGCUCAAGUUUACCACAUUUUCCUCAAAUUUAAUGAAAUCAAUCGAAGAUUUAUACUCUGAUGAGAAAUUCCAAGAAGCAAUGGCCAGUGAGUCCAAAGGAUAUUCCAAGAUAGGCUCGGCGUUAAAGAAGUCAAGCUGCUUUAUCAAUAGUUGGAAUUUGAAGAACUAUCGGCCUGACGUUACUCUAAACUCGCGAAUUAUGAUUUUCCAAGCCUCUCCAGACAACAAUGAUGACUAUUACUCAGUAGUAAAUUCGAUUUUUGCUUGCCAAAAGAACAGCGUUGUCAUUGACUCGAUCAUGUUCAACAAGCAAGAUUCUAUUCUCUUGCAGCAAUGUUCAUACCUCACUAAUGGAAUCUACACAAAGACUCUGGACAGAGAGGAGAUAGUCAACUUCCUCUUCAUGGACAACUAUUGAUUAGAUAGUCAGACAAGGAAGUCAUUCAACAGAACUUUCCAGGAGGAACUAGACCUCAGAGUCUCCUGCUCUUGCUGCAACAAGAUCAUUAAUUAUGGAUAUGUAUGCUCCAACUGCCUCACCCUCUACUGUGAAGACACUGAGAAAUUGCAAGAAUCAGAUUGCAGAACCUGCAAGAGCAAAUUAAGCAUUGAUAUUUAACAAGCCAGAGCUAGAUUUAGGAUGAAUUGAGGCACCUGAAACCCAACCUAGACGGUAAAACUAGACCAAGAUUCAGGAUUUUAAACCUAAAGUACUAAGUAAUUUG